AUGCAUUUCUCCGCUCUGCUAGCGCUUCUCGGCUCUCUCGCAGCCUCAACCGCCGCACAACGAUACGAUGGCCAAUUCUGGCCAUGCAACCCCACCAAGAAUGCCACGGGCGCGUGUCCGCCUUCUCCUGGCCUUCCCAACAGCACUUAUUUCAUCGACUUCACGAAGGUGACCUCUAUCCCUCCUGAAUGGACUCUCUCCAAUUGGGCCCAACUCAAAUUCGGUCCUCUUGGAGCCGAAUUCACAUUCAACAAGCGCUACGAUGCACCCCAACUUUGGACCGACUUCAUGAUCUUGUUUGGCAAAGUCACGAUCGAAGCGCGUGUAGCCAAUGGAACCGCUAUGAUCAGUUCUGCCGUUCUCAUGUCUGACACCUUUGAUGAGAUCGACUACGAGUUCUCUGGCAACAACUUCGGACAAGAGAGGUGGGCAGCUGGGAUCGGACAGAACAACUACUUUGGCAAGGGCGUGACUGGUAACUAUGAUCGCGGGGAGUACUUUCCCGUCUCUAAGCCGCAAUCGACGUUCCACAAGUAUACUAUAGACUGGUCGCCGACUGCACUCUCGUGGGCUGUAGAUGGCAAGAACAUCCGCACUCAUCUCGCCAGCAAGUCAACGCCCAAGGGCGCCUACCAAUACCCUCAAUCUCCAUCCAAGCUCCAGCUUGGUAUCUGGUGUGCAGGUGACCCAUCUGCCAACAGUGGUACCAGAGACUGGGCCGGUGGCUACACCGAUCUGGAAGGUGGUCCGUAUACGAUGUACAUCAAGUCGGUGACGAUCGAAAACAGGUAUCCUGCGUAUGGAUACAACUACACGGAUCAGAGUGGAAGCUUUUCAAGCAUCCAAUUG